AUGAUCGCCGUUCGACGCCGCCGGCCUACGGAAUUCAACGGUGAUCGAAGCAGAAAAAGGCACAUCUGUGAAAAGCACAAGAAAUCGUCGACUUGGCACGAGAAAUUUGAUCCGGUGCGUUGCUUGAGACCGUACCGAAAUCUCAUUGCCGUGAAAUAUGGUGCAAACAAAGUACACGUUUGCAGCAACCUGAAAGCCGGCCGGUUCGAAUUUUCGGGCGAUCGACUGCAGCCGGCUCAAGUGAUUAUUUCCACAUCCACUUUCGCAGGUCUUACGGUCCAGGUGUGCCCUAUGACCAGAAAAUCAGACAUAAUCGUGACAGCAGACGCUGACGACGACGGUGUCAAGCAAGGAGGCCGUGGUGCGCUUAUGUCCACUGAAAUAUACCUAAAGUUCGAGGAUUCGUCAGUUCUGCGCGAACAAACUUAUGGUACAUUAUAA